GCCACUGCGACGGGGCGACCGCUACGAGUUGGCCACCAGGGCGGUCAGCGUUGCUUCCAGUUGUUAGUGGUGCAGUUAACCAAGAAGGAACAUCCCGUUAAUGUUGGCUCCUCGGACGCGACAGGAUUAAGGUUCUGACCCCGCCGCUGCUGCAGACCAGUUACGUAAUCCUGAAGGAGUCACUAAUCUCUGGAUUUGGGUCCCAACCCUGAACUGUAAUGACGCUAUGGGACGUAGAAGGGGCAGAGUUUUCAAAAGCUCACAGUAGAGACACUCAAGGGAAAACUGCAGAGUGUAGAUAGCUAGCUGCGACUGUUACAGAGUUUUUAGUGUGAUGUAAACUCUGUUCUGCCCGGGGAUAGGCGUUUUGAAAGUAGAAGAUUCUGGAAGGGAUCUACAGCAUUUUAAAUACCUUGUACCAUUUCUGCAGUCUACACUGUCCUGAUGAAACACUGGACAGGAGCUUCUUUCGUGCACCUUGAGGCCAGAAGUGGAAGCAAGCACUACCAUCUAGUUUCUCAAAGCAGCUUCGCCGUCACUGAGCCCUGGAGACCUCACAGCUCUGUUUCCACAUCCCCACUUCUACCUUCCAGCACUAGUAUAAUGCAGUGGAAGAAUUAAAGGAAUGUGAUAUGAUGAUAUAACUUGAUAUACCCAAGUAGCAGGUUUGCCUGACUCAGCAUGUCAAAAAACAAGGGUCAUUCAUCUAAACAAGGUAACUUAGCAGUCACUGCAGUUGCUUUACAAGAUCACAUUUUACAUGAUCUUCAACUUCGAAAUCUUUCAAUAGCAGAUCAUUCUAAGACAAAGGUACAAAAGAGAGAGAACAGAUCCAAAUCUCUAAAAAGAAAUACAAAAGCAGUAAUAGAUACUGGACUUAAAAAAACUAUACAAGGCCCUAAAGUGGAAGAUCCAGAAAAAGAAUAUGUUCUUGAUCCAAAACCACCACCAUUAACUUUAGCACAGAAGCUGGGCUUGUUUGAACCUCCCCCACCACCACUAUCCUCAGAUGAAUGGGAAAAUGUGAAACAAAGAUCCGUCCUGCAAGGGGACUCUGUGCAGCCAUGCCCAAUAUGCAAAGAAGAAUUUGAACUUCGCCCCCAGGUGCUGCUCACAUGCUCACACGUGUUUCACAGAGCAUGCCUCCAGGCUUUUGAAAAGUUCGCAAAUAAAAAAACCUGCCCUCUCUGCAGAAAGAGCCAGUAUCAAACCAGAGUGAUUCACGACGGAGCCCGGCUAUUCAAAAUAAAGUGUGCGACAAGGAUCCAAGCCUGCUGGAGGGGACACGUGGUCAGGAAGUGGUACCAAGACCUGAGGCGAAAGGUACCUCCCACAGAUGCCAAGUUGAGGCGAAAAUUCUUUGAAGAAAAGGACAGUAAUGACCUGGACCCUGCAGCACUGCUCUAA